UGGUCCAGUGCUUUAGCUGCAGUCUCCGGUCUGAGCAGAGCUCCUGCAGGAGGUCCAGGAGCAUCUCUCCUCCUCUCAGAAUGCAGGAGAUCUAAAUCAGGCUGGGCAGACCCGCAGGACGCUGGAGGAACUCCGGGCAUUACCGCUAUAAGAUAGGCUGUUUGUGUGUGGCUGUACUGUUGCUGCUACACCAGCAGGGUGUGUGCUCAUCCCUCAGUCUCAGUCGGAGCUGAAGCGCUCCAUCGCCAUGAUGCUGCAGUCUUCAGGAACUGCUGGCAUCCUUCUGGUGUUUUCAUUAUGUAUGAUUGGACUGACUGCUGCAACAUCCAACUACUUGAAACCCAGCUUCCUAGAUAUUUACUCCUGGUGGUGGAACACUCCAAGAGGCCCUCAGAUAUUCUCCUGCCUCACAUACCUGGAGAGGAAUGUGCAGAUCGACUGUGAGUUCCCUGUGACUGACAAGAUCCCAGGGCCAUUCUGCGAGUUUAAACAGGACGGACGCCUCAUGGGCACCACCUACCCCAACAACCCCGUCCACCUCAUCCCACCCGUAGAGACCCGGCGGAGGACCAAUGUCACGUUUGAACCCCCCAACAUCUGCCGCCUCACCUGGAUGCCGAUGUCGGACGACCGGUCCUACACCUACACCUGCAGGGUGUACCAGGGCAGCACCUGGAGUGAAAAUAGCAUGGCCUUUAACCAGAGAAAUAUGCUGAUGUGCUCUGCCCUGAGUGUGGUAGGUCACAUGGUAUCCUGGAUCCUCGUGGUUGCGUUGUCGCUUGCUGUCUCUCUGGGGCUUCUGUCGGCAUGACCAGCGGUGGCUCCAUGUUCAUUUCUGGCACAUCAUCCCUUCAGCAUCACCAUUUUUAGUUUUCAAUUUCAUCAUGUGAUCACAUCACAUAGAUUGCUGCUCACACAAAAAAAAUGCUGUUUUGAAUGGCAGUGAUCCACUGUGGUUCUCAUUCUAUUCUGAUACACUCUCAGCUGCACUCACUGUAAAAUAAUUAGUGAAAAAUAGUUGCACCCAGAAGGAAGUGUUGGAUUGCAAUGCUAUUCAGAAAAAUAAAAGUUACCGGAUCGAUAAAUGAUUAAGAGAUUUAAGGGCCCCUAUUUUAGCAAUCUAUAGGCAAGGCGUCACCUGUGCACUGUGCAGCUUGAGUUAGGACAUGUCAGUGGCUUGUUGCUAUCGUAACUGCAGGAAAAGUACACCUUGUGCAGCUCAAAACGCACGAAAGGCAUGUACUAAUUCUAAUACUAGUUUAUUUGUGUUCUGUUUAUUGUUGAUGUUAAAGUUGGGUUUGUGCUUAUUUAACAACUGGGGUGUGUGCUUGUUGAGUCUGUGAGGUGCACUUUCGUAUCCAAGAUAGGUAUGGACAUAUGACAGUUGAUUUUUUCCUGGGUUUUAAUCAGUCAGUGGCACACCUGUGUGUUUUUGCUGCCAAGAUAGCAAUAUACCAGAAAUGUACCUGAGCUCACCUUAAUUCCAGACCACCUAUCUAUUGGCUGAGAUUUGUAACCUUGAGCAUUUACAUUACAUUACAUUACAUUUCAUUUGGCAGAAGCUUUUGUCCAAAGCGACUUACAAUAAUGAAGUACAAAAGUAAUAGGAAUUUAGACAACCCAUUUUUAGAUAGGGCUUAAAGGAGGUCGAAGGGAAAUAAAGGGAUAGAGAAGUGAAGGAGGGGAAGAAGGAAAUGGGGUUAGAAGUAGUUAGUGUGUUAGAGGUGUUAGGAGAGUAAGUGCUCUUUGAAGAGCUCUGUCUUCAGGAGUCUCUUAAAGAUAGCGAGAGAUUCUCCUGAUCUGGUAGUGGAAGGUAGUUUCUUCCACCAUUGGGGAACUCUGUAUGAGAACAGUCUGGAUUGCUUUGUGUGAGUGUUUGGCAAAGCGAGGCGAUGUUCAUUGGAGGAGCGCAGCGGGCGGGAGGUACCGUAAGCCUUCAGGAGUGAGUGCAGGUAGGAAGGAGCUGUUCUGUCAUCAGCUUGUAGGCGAUUGUAAGAGUUUUGAAUUUGAUGCGAGCAUCAACUGGUAGCCAGUGGAGCUCAAUGAGCAGCGGGGUGACAUGUGCCCGUUUUGGUUGGUUGAAGACCAGACGUGCUGCUGCAUUCUAGAUCAUUUGGAGUGGUUUUACUACGCAGGCCGGGAGGCCAGUUAGCAGGGCAUUGCAGUAGUCGAGGCGUGAGAUGACGACUGCUUGUACCAGGAGUUGGGUGGCCUGUUGCGUCAGAAACUGUCUAAUUUUCCUGAUGUUAUAAAGCGCGAAGCGGCAGGAUCGAGCAACCGAGGCCACAUGGUGCGUGAAGGAGAGCUGGUCAUCAACCAUAACACCCAGGUUCCUAGCAACCUUUGUUGGUGAGAGAGAGAGAGAGUCGAUGCUUAUAGAGAGGUUGUGUUGAAAAGAUGGUUUUGCUGGUAUGACCAGAAGUUCAGUCUUUGAGAGAUUUAAUUGAAGGUGAUGCUCCUUCAUCCAAGAGGAUAUGUCAGAGAGACACGACGAUAUCCGUGCAGAGAUUGAGUUAUCUUCAGGUGAGAAUGACAGGUAUAGCUGGGUGUCAUCAGCAAAGCAAUGGUAGGAAAAGCCAUGUGAAUGGAUAACCUGACCAAGAGAGGCGGUGUAUAUUGAGAAGAGAAGGGGACCCAGUACCGAACCCUGGGGAACCCCAGUGGAUAGGGAGUGGGCUGAGGACAGCUGUCCUUGCCACGACACCUUGAACGAGCGCCCAGUGAGGUAUGAUCUAAACCAUGACAGCACAUUGUCUGAGCUCCCCAUGUUUGAAAGUAUAGUUAGGAGGAAGUCGUGGUUGACCGUGUCGAAGGCGGUCGAGAGGUCCAGCAGAAUGAGCACUGAGGACUGGCCUGCAGCUCUAGCAGUUUUCAACGCUUCAGUCACAGACAAUAGAGCUGUCUCGGUAGAGGGUCCUUUUUUGAAUCCAGAUUGGUUCUGGUCCAGGAGGUCAUUCCGGGAGAGGAAGCCAGAGACCUGAUUUUUGUAGUAAGUUUGAGGGAAUUGGGUCAAGCGGACACGUAGUAGGACGGCUACGUGUUAGGAGAGCCAGUGUCUCGUUCUCAGUGAGAGAAGUGAACGAGGAGAGCGCAACGCCUUCGGUGGAGGGACACCGGGCUGCAGAGCAUGUAGUAGGACUGCUACAUGUUACAUCAGUAAACUGGUUGCUGAUAGCUGCCACUUUUCCAGUAAAGAAUAAUGCAAGUGUUUCAGCAGUAAGGCAUGUAGCCGGAGGAGGAGGAGGAGGGUUCAGUAGUGAUUUAAAAGUAGCAAAUAGUGUCCGGGAGUCUGUGAGGGAGCUGAAUUUAUUGUGAUAAAAUUCAGCUUUAGCAGUCGUGAUGCUGGCUGAGAAGGAAGCCAGGAGCUUUAUAUAACAGCAUAGGCACAAGAGAAUAGACUGUUAGCAGGGUGUAAGAUAGUUUGACUAAUUUGGGCAUCUCUUCAUCAUACUUACUAAGCUAAACAUUCAGAAGUAGACCAGAUGUCUCAAUAUGGUGUCCUGCGAUAAUCAAUCCCAUUCACGCAUUUCCUGACAAUUUGGUGGUAG